CUUUAUUUCUUUUUACGGGGUGGGGGGGGGGGGAUGUUUCGUCACGUGCAUUCCGUAGACGCGGAGUCACGGGAGCCGCUUCUCGCAGGUGCGCACCCGCAGCCACUCGAGCAGGACUCGGAUGAAGGAGAAACAAUUUUUGACAAGAGCGCGUCAAUCACCCAACGUGAUGCUGGUGCAGAGAGAAGGUUAACAUUUGAGGAGGCGGUGGAGGAGACAGGGUUCGGCUGGUUCCACUGGCUGCUGCUGCUGGUGUGUGGUUGGGCCAACGCCAGCGACGCCGUGGAGAUCCUCUGCGUGUCUUUUCUCCUGCCGACGGCGCGCUGCGACCUGCAGCUCAGCUCGUCCGACAUGGGCCUGCUCACUGCCAGCAUAUUCCUGGGAAUGAUGGUGGGGGGCUACACGUGGGGAUACCUGGCGGACCGGAGGGGGCGCCGCAGGGUCCUGGUCGUGUCCCUGACGGUCAACGGGGUGUUCGGCGCGCUGGCCGCCGUGGCGCCGUGGUUCUGGCUCUUCCUCCUGCUGCGGUUCAUCAGCGGCAUCGGGGUCGGCGGGUCGAUUCCUGUGAUCUUCUCGUACUUCUCAGAGUUCAUGCCCCGACUGAGGAGAGGGGCAAUGAUCAGCGCUCUGGCCACCUUCUGGAUGGCAGGAAACAUCUUGGCUGCAGGUCUGGCCUGGCUGGUGAUCCCAAGAACGUGGGCACAUUUCUCCCUGGGAACCCUGGACUUCCAGAGCUGGAGGCUGUUCGUGGUGCUCUGCUCCGUUCCCAGCCUCAGCUCCGCCGUCCUCUUCCGAGUGCUGAUGCCCGAGAGCCCCAAGUUCCUCAUGGAGGCGGGACGAGAGAAAGAGGCGAUCCGCGUCUUCCAAGUGAUGUUCAAGAUGAACAUGUGGGGGAAGGGAAAGAAUUUACCGGAAUUUGGUUUAUGCACCAACUCCAAGCAAAGGGAGGAACCGGAGGAGAGCAGAACUCUGGGCUCACGCACACAGAGACUGGCCUGUAUUGUGAAAACGGUCUUCGGGCCCAUUAAACAGAUGUUUAAUGGUUCGCUCAAAUCCCGGAGCGUCGCUCUGCUCGUCGUCUUCUACUGCAUCUCCUUCGGUUACUACGGAUUAUGGAUGUGGUUCCCGGAGCUGUUUGAGCGAAUGGAGAACGGCGGCUCGCCCUGCGCCAACGCGUCCGCCCCGUCGCUCCUCCCAAACCGCAGCUGCUACCCGGUGAAGACGGCAGUGUAUGCAGAGGGCUUCAUCAUUGCUGCAUCCAACUUACCUGGAAACAUCUUCUCCAUCCUUAUGAUAGACCGACUGGGAGGGAAAGCUCUACUGUCCGGCAGCCUGCUGGCGUCCAGUCUGAGCAUCUUCCUCAUCUACGUGGUCCAGACCAAAGUCCAGAGUUUGAUCCUCUCCUGCGUCUUCAGCGGCGUGUCCGUCAUCACCUGGAACGCCCUGGACGUGCUGGGAACCGAGCUCUACCCGACGCAGCUGCGGUCCUCCGCUCUCGGCUUCUUCACCGGCGUCGGCCGGGUGGCGGCCAUCACGGGAAACGUGGCCUUCGGCUGGCUGAUGGACACAAACUGUGCCGUGCCGGUGCUGCUGGUGUCGGCCCUGCUGCUGACCGGGGGACUGGUGGCGCUGGUGCUUCCACAAACCCGGCAGACGGAGCUCACCUGAUCGCUGCCCCGUCUACACAAAGACAUUGUCUGCAGCGUCCCGAUGUGGACGCUCCAACCACGUGCCUUCUGUCACCCCCCGUGCGCCUUAUUGUUUGUUUGUUUUUAAUUUUAAAAAUGCCAACAGUGAGAGACGUUGUCAAAAGAAAGUAGGGAGAGUCUCCAACACUUCUAAUAAUCAUUAUUCAUUAGUAUUUUUAUACUUUUAAGAGAUGAAAAUGAAGGCUUCUCUUCAGAGACAGUUGAGGGUCUGGAGAAUAAUCAAUCAGUUAAAAACAUGUUUUUGUCCAACUAGAAGCAGAACUCAGGACUACACUAAUGAUCAAAGACACAUUCCACAGUUGUUUAAUUUAUUAUUUUAAUUUAUUAUCUACGUUAAGACAUUAUUAUAUCAUCAAAUGGCAAAGUGAACCACACUGUGGGAAACCAAAGAUCACAAUCAUGCAACAAAUCAGUCACAUCAGGGUGGGAAGAAGAUCAAUGAACUAAAGCCGUCUUUGAUUUGACUUGAUUUGAUUUUUCAUUUUUAAUAAACACUUUUGUUUAUUUA